AUGUUUUUCGUGCGAUCAUCCCCUUUCCGCCUCCAUUCCCCAUCAUCAGCGGCGCUGACGUGGAGGCGGCUGUUCGUAGCUGCACUAGCGUGGGAGGGCGGCUACUUUCUGCUCACGAACGUGUUCGACCAGAAGCAGACGAGCGGCGCGUCGUUGACGGAGGCUGACGUGGCUCGCAUGCUGGCGCUGCAGGAGGAAUUCACCGCCAUGCGCUCUCACCGCUACCCCUGCCACACCGGGCUGCUGGGCAGGGUGGCGAUGACAGGGGGAUACCGGCUGCUGUGUGAGCCGGUCAAGUCACGCGCCAUCAGAGGCAUGGGGCGCCUGCACCUGGAUGGCAGCAAGGACGAGGAGCAGCCCGAGGAGUGGGACAGGCAGUUCGCUGCAGGGGUCAAGGUCAUAGCGUUGAUAGGGGUGCCACAGGGCGUGCUUCAGAUAGCCGCCUGCACGCCGGUAUGUCUCCAGUGCCCCACUGUGCGGUAUCUUGCCAAUCAUACGCCUCCCAUUCAGUCACGUCCCCACAUCACACUCCUCCCCUCUGGUUUCGUUCCUGGUUCAUUCUCAUUCACCUCCCUCAUUCCCUCCCCCAUCCCCUCCCCCACUCUCUCCCCCAAUCUUACCCCCACUCCCUCCCCCAAUCUUACCCCCACUCCCUCCCCCAAUCUUACCCCUUUCCCCUUGGCACUUCAUUUUUCUGAGGCGGGGCUAGGGUUUGCAGGUAAGGCCAUGGGGGAGAGAGGGAAGGAUGUGUGCGGUGGUGGUGGUGAUGACGAGGCUGCUGAGGAGGGCACAGGGGAGUGGCGGCCGGGGGAGAAUGUGGGGGAUAGUAAUGAUGGAGGGGGGUGUGUGUGGGGUAUGGAGGGAGGGAGGGGGGCGUGUGAGGGAGGGGCAGGGCAGGACGUGUAUGAGUUGUCGUCGGGGCCAGGAGGGACGGAUAUGUCGGUGUGCGGAGGGGAAGGUGACGCCGGGGAAGGAGGUGCUGCCAGUGGUGACACUGGUGGUGGUGGUUCUACCAACGGUGGUGCUAUUGGUUAUGGACAACUGCUGCCGCCUGGACUCACCCUCAUCGCCACGUCCCCACCUCAUGCCGCUUCCCCAGGCUCCCCGUCCGUGGCAGCACCCAACGCACACACCCCUCCAUUCAGUGCCAGUAACCACAUCAGUAACACCAACCACUUAAGCAACGGUCAGCAGCAGCAUCAGCACCAGCAGCACACGGGCGUGCACGCGACGGUGUCAGCAGACAAGCCCCCCUCCCACCGCCGGUCAAGGUCGCUCGCCCAGCAGCGCCGCCACACCUUCUCCAGCGCCGACCGCGCCGCCCUCGCCCGCCAGCUCUCCCCCUCCCGCGCCCUUCUAGGGGGCGGAUUCCGCCUGGGGGGGGCGCUGGGAGGAGGCGGAGUAGGGGAUGGGGGAGUGGGCGGGGGAGGCGGGGUAGGAGUGGGAGGCGGAACGGGGGCAGGAGGUGGAGUGGGAGGGGGUAUGGGUGCAUCUGGUCACAGCCAUCCGUCUGCUGCUCUGAGCAGAAUGGUAUCAAGUCCUCUAUUCAAACGGAGCCUCAGUUGCACGAGUCCCAUCCAGGGCAUGACCCGAGCAGCAGCCGCCCAUGCUGCUGCCCACAUGCGCCGCCACUCCUUCUCCACCUCGCCCUCCUCCUCCCCCUCCUCUUCCGCCAACACCACCUCUGCUGCCAGGGCGCUGCAUAGAGUGGCGUCUCCCACUACUAGCUCUGGCGGGGGGGCCAUGGGGGGAAGCAUGGGGGGAAACAUGGGGGGAGGGAGGCAUGGGGGUUUCUCAAGCCGGCAUGUGUCGAGUCUCUCGAAUCCAGAGUUUCUGUCUGAGUUUCUGAAUUUGUGCCCGUUUGGUGGGUCGCCGAGGGGGGUGGGCGCGGGGCGAGGGAGGGAGAUGGCAGGAGGGGGAAUAGGAGGGGGUAUGGGAGGGGGAAUGGGAGUGGGUAUGGGAGGGGGGAUAGGGGGGACAAGGUUGGGAGCAGGGAUGGAAGGAGGGGGGGCAUCUGCAGGGGCAGGGGGGACGCUAACAGGCGAUGCAGCAAUGCAAGCGAACCAGGGAGGGGUUGAAGGAGAGAGGGGAGGAGAGGGACGAGGAGAUGGGUGGGGAGAUGGAGGGGGCACGGAAGGGGGUGUGGGAGUGGGAGGGGAGGUGGGAGGGGUGGAUGAGAUGGAAUGGCUACUGCAGGAGAUGAUAAUGAUGCAUGGGAGUGCUAGUGGUGCUGCCGCCAUCCUUGACGGCAAUCCUGGCACAGAUGCUGGUAUCGCUGAUGGCACUGGUAUCGCUGAUGGCACUGGUACCGCUGAUGGCACUGGUCUCGCAGCUACUGCAUAUGCUGCUGCUCUUGACGCGUGCGGCUUGGCUGAGGGGGAUGCUUGCCUAGACGUUGACAUGGGGAUGGGGAUGAGUGAGGGAGAGAUGGGCAUGGGUAUGGGAGGAAGAGGGGAUGGGGAGGAGCAGGGUGUAUUGAUGGGUGGAGAGAGGUGGGGAGGUAUGGUUGUCAUGGAUGGUGCAGGUGGAAUUGAUGGGAUUGGUGGGAUGGGGGGGAUGGAUAUGGCGGAAGAAAUGGGUGCAGUUCCCCUCCCCCGCCCCGCCUCCCGUUUCUUCCCCAAAUCCGCCUCUCUGCCUGGAAACCUCCCCCGUCCCCCUCCACCUGCUGCUGCUGCUGGUAGCGGCGGUGGUGGUGGUGGUGGGGUUGGGGGGGAACGGGUUGCUGCUAGUCCACUAGGUGUACAGGGCGGACUAGACGUGCUUAUAGAGGGCGGUGCAGCCAGCGAUUUUCAAAUGGCUGCUCCUGACGGCGUGGGAGGGUUGAUGGGGACAGGGAUUGGGAUGGGAGGAGAGGAGGAGUUGGGAGAGGAGUGGGCCAUGUUCCUAGAUGUGAUGGAUGCACCACCAAUACUGGAUGAUUUGGAUGAGGUGAGUCGGAGGGGUGGGGAGGGCGGGUGA